AAUGUAAAACUGUGGCACUCGCAAUGUUUUAACUGGGCGUUAAAGUGACGAAACGGUUGAUAGAAACAUGCGAGCACCAUUAACAUUUACCAAAUCGCUGCUCAGAGACGCUUCUACAGAUGUGUUCCAUCGCUUUCAUCACACGUACGUUUCGUAAGUUGACACUGCAUGAACUAAAGACACGUUAAAAAGACAUAAUUUAUUGUUUUUAAACGUUCCAUGGAAGUCAAAAGUGCGGCUUUUUGGUAUGGCCACACUGCGCCUUUAAAUUAAUGUGACGUCACUGCGCAUUAGCAGUCGCCAUCUUUGGUCGAAAUUCGGAAGUUGUUCCAGCUGCUGCUCCUGUGUCAUACGGGUGCUUUAGGCCCCGAUAAAGUGUGUGUGUUUUUCCUGGCUUGUCGGCAGUCGGUGCUCCCGCGAGCCAACGCCCGAGGAUUAAUGUCUUCCUAGCGUUGGUACACGAAAGAAAAGAGAGACGCCAUGACCAUUCUGCCCACCAAAAAGUCGUCGCAGUCGAAAAGCGAGGGCGACGGCUCCGACCCGAGCCCGUUUCAUGGCGACCGCCAUGGUCACUCGGGCCACUCGGCCGAGCAGUACAACUUCGCGAACCGCAACUCGCCGCCGCGUUGGGCAGCGCCCAACGCCAGCUCGCGUGACGAAAAACGGCCCGCUCACGCGACCGCCAGCGGCUUCGACGAGUUCGACGCCGUCGACGGUGGCCCGAGCCACUCCAAGCGCAGGCAUAGGGCAUCGCCGCACCGAAGUCUCCGCAAGGCCCACCACCGCUCGGCUGGCGUAGUCGUCAAGCCCAGCACGUCGCAGGGAGCCAACAGCCCCGCGGGCGAAGACGCGGCUUCAGGGCGUGAAGACGCUGACCCCAGCGGAUACAACUCCGGUGACGAGUACGACAAACCACCCGAGCUCUGGACCAAUGAGGAAUACAAGGAGAGGGAGUACCACUUUGAGAAGAAGCUUCGCAAGAAGGGACUGCUGAUCAAGAACAUGGGCGAAGAUGGUGCCUGCCUCUUCAGGGCAGUGGCGGACCAGGUGUACGGGGACCAGGAAAUGCACAAAGCAGUGCGCAAGCUUUGCAUGGACUACAUGGCCAAGAAUUCGGACUACUACUCCCAGUAUGUGACUGAGGACUUCGACAAGUACCUGGAGCGCAAGCGGUGUGACCACAUUCAUGGCAACCACAUUGAGAUGCAGGCCAUGUCUGAGAUGUUCAACCGGCCAAUCGAGGUGUACCAUUACAGCUCUGAGCCAAUCAACAUCUUCCACGGGGGCCAACAGACGGACAACGAGCCAAUCCGGCUGAGCUACCACCGCAACGUACACUACAACUCCAUUGUGGACCCAUACAAGGCAACAGUGGGCGUGGGACUGGGCCUGCCCUCGUUCAAGCCGGGACUGGCCGACAAGACACUGGUGAAGGAGGCCCUGCGUGCCUCGGAGGAGCUCCAGCUGGAGCAGGCCAUGCUGGAGGACAAGCUGCGUGCCACCGACUGGGAGGCCACCAGCGAGGCCCUCGAGGAGCAGGUGGCUCGCGAGUCCUACCUGCACUGGCUGCGCGAAAACGAGAUGCGGGCGCGCAAGAAGACCCGGUCAGCCACAGCCACAUCGAGUUCAAGCCUCUCCCCCCUGGUGGACGUUGGGGGCAAUACGGCUGCAUCCGGAGCAUCGUCCUCCCCACGGGGAGGCAGGGCAUCCCCACGGUCCCGAGCCAGUCCCCGCACACCUCCACUCGGAGGGGCUCAGGUGCUGUCGGACCAGUCGGACAGCGCGGCCCACGCUGGGGACGGUAAAGAUCUGAGCCCCAAGGCAGGCAGCUCGGGCCUCUCUAAGGCUCGGGACAACUUGCAGCAGCCAUCCUCGGUGAGCUCGCCACACUUGCAGCUGCAGGAGGAAGGCUUCUCCCUGAUCGAGACGGCCUCCUUCCUCAACCACCUGCCACCAUCCAUGUUUGGCCUGACGGAGUGGGAAGACACGGACAUCAUAGCCAGGGUGCUGGCCCAGUCUCAGCAGGAAUACCUAGACUCCCUGAAGCGAGCGUCGGCCACAAAUGCAGCUGCACCUGGCUCUCCUGCCAGGGACAACUCGGACUGUGCUGCCGCAACUGCUUCCAGCUCCUCCAAUGCGGCUUCCGUGUCAAGCUAACGGAGCAACCAGGCCAACACAAGGCCAGGCACUGUGAGCGCUCCACCGAGACAGUUUUGCUUGACGUGUUGUGGUCUGCAAAAUGGAACGGUUGCGCUGCUGGCGUCUGGUCAACAGCAGACGACCCACCGCCGUCUGCUUCUCACAUUCAUCACCUUCUGCCUUCGGCCGCAGCAGCAUGUGCUUAAUGAGCUGGUGUCUUGUGCUUUGGUUGCAUUCAGUGUCAUCGUGGCCUGCACCUUGCCUUUGUGGCCGUGGACAAACUCGCCGUGAAUGAAGGAAAGACAAUCCUGUGUCUCAGGCAAGACAGGAACAGACGGCAGUUCUCUUUCCAGGAACUUUUUUUUUCUCUUUCUCCUAAUUUUAAUUUUUCAUCAAAGCAGAUCGUGAGUCUGUGCUUGCGUCUCGCAUCUUGUUUGCCAAGUGCACUGGAGCUGUCAUGCUGGUACCACAUGGAACUUUGUUUCAUGUUCCGGUGACACUGUACUGAGAAUUAGAUUGCAAAAUUGGCCAUUUGA